AUGAAUAGGCAAAAAAUUUUUACAUUCUUGCCAACUCAUACACUAAACGAUCCAUCCAAAGAUUUAUCACAUCAAAAUAUUCAAUCAGUAGGGAAAAAAAGAUCUCGCGCUGUUAUUGUGUGUAAUGAAUGUAAGAAAUCAAAAAAAAAGUGUAUAGGCUGGAAUCAAAGUGUAAUACCUUUUAUUCCAUGUAGCGGAUGUUGUAAAAAAGGUAUUGAAUGUAUCCUUCCUCCUCGUUGCAACUUAUGUCAAAAGAAACUUGAUAAUACUGGUUUUUGCUCAAAUAUAAAUUGUAAAAAGAAGAAAGGCAAUUCAGAAAAUACGUUUAAUGAGAAAGAAAAAGAGAAGACCCAAUCGUCGAAAGAUAUCUUGGUUAAAGACGAGAAUUUUGAAAAGUUAGAGAAGGAGAUUCAAUUAUUGAAAAAUGAUAUAUUAGCGAAAGACAAAUCAUUGAAAGAUGAUAUAUUAGCAAAAGACGAAAAGUUGAAAAAGUUGGAAAGAGAAAUUCAAUCAUUGAAAGAUUGUAUCUUGGUAAAAGAUGAAAAUUUUGAAAUGUUGAAGAAAGAGAUCCAAACGUUGAAAGAUGAAAAUUCUGAAAGGUUGAAAGAAGAGAUUCAGUUGCUGAGAGACGAUACCUUGAAAAUCAAAAAGAUUGAAGAAAGAAUUAAAUUGUUGGAAAACGAUAAUUUGAUGAAAGGUAAAUUUUAUUUCUAG